ACUGCCAGGGUCCGAUCCAGCACCACUGCGACCCAUAGACGCGGCUAGACCCGACCGCUCGUCCAGCACAGCAAUUGUAGCGUUCCUAAUGGCGGAACUAAAAUCGCCGAUGGAUUGUGCCCUCCUUUCUUGUGUAGAAGCUCUGGUGGAUCAUCUUGUAAACCAAACAUAAUAAAGAUUCUGACGUUGAUUCAAAUGCCACACUAAGAUAACACAAUCCCAAGAUGCGAAUCACGUCCUUUUAGGGAUCCAUAUCCUAUAAUAACCUAUUUAGUCGCCAACUAAUCAAAUCCAAACUAAAUCAAACUUCCAAAGAUCUCUCAAACCUCCCUAAACCCUCAUCGUCAUUAAUAUUCAUCAUCAAUUACCCUAACCAAGAAUUCUUUUCCCUUCCUCAACAAUACUGUUUUAAUUUCACUCCCCCAAGAUUUAGUAUACAAGACAAAUCCUAAAUGCUAGCUUUUAAUUGUCUUCUCUUACCACAUUAAUCACAAAACCCUAAUUAAAACCCAAUUAAUACUUAAUCUAUAACGUUCUUCAUCAAUGUCUUCCAAACGUUCUCGUGAUGUUCGGUCGUCCAGUCAGGGAGAGAUUGGGAUUUUCAAUCAUAUUCAGCCGAUUGAAUCUCCAGUAUCUUUUUUGGAGAGGAAACGCCCUGCUCCCAUCACUAUCUCCAACUCUACGACGGUUAAAGACUCUUGGCCUCCACUAUCGGCAGAUAAGCAGCAGUGUCGCAUGUUCACGUUUGGAUCGCCUGCUACGGAGAAGAAUGAUGCACUGCCCAAGAACAAGAAGCCUGGUGAAGGGUUUGGAGAGUUUCUAAACGCUUGUUUCUUGUGCAAGAAGAAACUACAAGUUGGCCAGAAUCUUUACAUGUAUGGUUACCUAGGUGCAUUUUGCUCGCCCGAAUGCAGAGAAGAUCAGAUGGACUUGGAUGGGUUUGAGAAAGAAAUUGCUAGAGAAUCAUCAACAAGGUUGAAAACAGCAGGAAAGCUCUUCAUAAAAUGAUGUGUCCAAACUGGGUUUUCGCCGUUAAUUAGUAGUUUUAAAGUAAUGGAAUGAAAGUCCAUUUGUUAGUUGCAGAAGUGCAUAGCUGUCAGGUUUUUGUGUCCAGCUUUCACUUUUGUUUAGCAAAAGAGCUCUGGGAAUAUAAUUUUCCUAGUAGCUGACAUGUAAAUUUUUUCAAUUUCCUUUUUACGUCACAGACAGAUUCUUUUAGGCUCUUCGAGUGGGAUUGUACUCAAUUUCAAAAUACCGCAGAUGAAUUUUCUUGUUCUUUUAAUUUCAACAUGGUAUUUUAAGUUCUAA